GAGAAGACAUCACAGGGUUAAUUUCCACAGAGCUGCUGCCCGGAUGCAGUCAUUCACACAAGUCUGACAGCAUCUGGUGUGCAGAGCCAUUAAAUCCCGUUCCCAUCCCGCAAAGCCAGACGGACAGCCGAGCGAGCCAACCGCGUACGUCAUUCUAAAGCCGUUAGACCAAUCACAGGGCGGCAGGGGGAGGGAGCUUGUCGCACCGCUUCUCUGUUUGCAGCAUCCUUGCAGCAGCCUCCGAUUGCUCUGUUUGUUUCAAGUACAACAACAAAAAAAGAGCAGGACGGGGAAGUGGGAGGGGGGGAGGAGGAGAUCCGAGGAGACGACCGGAGAACGGGAAGGUGAUCCGCUGCAGGCUGCAGGGAUAGUGUUAAAUCUGGUGUGUGGAGUCCAUCCUAACAAAAAAAAAAUGGCUGGUUUGUCAUUGUAAACAGCCCGUGCGGUACCUGCAUUGCUGAAGAGGGGGGAAGCAGAAGAAGAGGGGGAGGAGCAGGAGCAGGAGGAGGUGCAGCAGCCGCUGGAGGAAGUGCUGCUUCUCCCAGGGGAAUUUACCCCCCUCUAGCUCACCCCGGGCCACCGCGGAUCACCUCUGAGACCAUGCAUGUUGCACGUUAAGGUUUUAGCCCCCACAUCAUAUGACCAGAGUAUCAUCAAUGCUUCAGCAGACCUCCAACCAAAAGGAAGACACCUGUGUCGACCAUGCGAUGUUCCCCAGAGGCUGAGCGAUACGACGAGACCCACACACAGACAUCGAAACUACGCCCUUCAGAGUAAACGGUUACGCGCUGUCACCAUGGCGGUCACCGCUGCCAAGACCACGACAGGUUUUCUCUCCACGACCGGCGCCAUCCCCUUCCUCUCGACGAGCAAGAGCGCCAGAGACAAUGUCACCUCCAGAAUGACAUUAAUGACUGUUACUAUAACAACAAACGACACCAGCUUCAAUGCCACGGCGUAUCCGGAGGCGGCCAUUGAGGGCUCGGGAUUCGGAAUGGUGCUCGUACCCUUCGGCAUCAUCACGGUCAUUGGCUUGGCCGUGGCAAUUAUGCUGUAUAUUCGGAAACGAAAGCGGUUGGAGAAGCUGAGGCACCAGCUGAUGCCCAUGUACAACUUCGACCCGGCGGAAGAACAGGAUGACCUGCUGGAACAGGAACUACUGGACCACGGCCGGGACGGCAGCCUCACGGGUCCCAAUGCAAAGUUUUGACAUUGGCGUAAUGGUAAUACGCACUAGACUCUCACAACCUCCCAGGGGACCACGCAGAGACCCAGUCGCCUGGUCUUCACAGACGUAGCCAAAGCCCUCAACGCUUAACAGCUCUCUUCCAUUAGUUACAUCACGCAGAAGCAGACAGUCUCUGAGGGAGGAAAACAAAAAAGGGACAAGUGGACUGGUUCUGGGAACAACUGGAGCUCUGGUGAAGGUUUUCACCCCUGCGACACAGUACGUGACGUGGACGUGGUUUUCAGAGGAAAACAAGGGUAACGUAGGUCGCGUGUCCAAGGGAGAAUAACGGGAAGCAUCACGCAUGAUCUUGCACUGUUUUCAUUUGGAGCACAAAUGGAGUGUGAUGCACUUUUCUUGAUGUAUGUUAUGUCAUUGGUGUUAAAAGGUUUAGUAGCUUGUCAGGGAAGCUCCUUUGAGCUGUACUAUCUACUUCCAUGUUUGAUAAAAGAAAAACGUAGAUUUGUAUUAUACUAAUUUGGUGGACUUUCGUCUCUGACAAGCUUGAACUGAAGCUCGGAUGCGUUAUGAUCCGAAAGUAAACUGUUCCUCACCAUUUGGUUUCUUCUUUGAGCAUUGAAGGACGGUUUCUGUCUAUACACAUUUAAACUAUUUAAACCAAUUUGAAAGAAUUUUGUUGUCCAAAAAUCUAUAACAAAAGAGUCAGCAGGUGUGAUAUUUUAUUAAAAAGCGAUAAAGCAGAAUAACACAAGUCACAUGUUAAAGAAUCGUAACAAAAUAUAUAUAUCACAGGUUUGUGAGUUGUAUUAAUUAAGUGGAUGACGAUCAAUAACAUAACUACAAAAUUGUGUUAAAAGUAAGGCAUAGAAGUGGAUUUUUCAAGUUACACAUCAACUUUUCAAUAGCUGAAAUUGGAUCAAGUACUGCAUGUAACUAUAUGAGUAUCAGUAAGAUCACAGAACAACGUUGUCCCAGUAUAGAGUGUAAAUAUCCAGACAGCCUGGGUAAGAUGAAAUACAUUGACCAGGCUGGAGUUAAGUCAAGAUGCACCUCUCACGCUGACUUCCAUUCAUUUAAGGUGACAUGAAUGUAGUGAGGUGAGAUGAGUGUUGUGACUACAACAAUAGCUCGACAGUUAUUUCAAGAUUUCAUGAUCCACAUCUCCUGCACGUCUGAUGGAAAAAGCAGAUAAAACUCAAACAUUUCCUCAGAUGUGUUCCAGGCAUGUUAGUUUUCAGAGGUAGACCAGGAGGCAAAACAAGGCAAUGCAGUUCAACAGAAAAAAACACGUCUGCCUGUAAAUGAAUUAAGCUCCUCUGGCAGCAGCUUAGUCAACAAUGCUGAAAUACAUGAAAGUCCUGGGUUAGAAAUCCUCACCGGUGAGGAAAUAAGCAUGUUUUAGAAAGGGAAGGACUUGUCAUAAACAUUUUGUUUUUUAUCCCUCCGACAUACCAAUGAUAUUCUGUUUUUUAUGCUAAAUUUAGUAAUUUAGUUAUUUUUAAUGACAUAACCAAAUUGUCCUAUUGUUGUAUCUAAUCUUUCUGAUUGUUUCUCUUUUCAAUAACAUUAGUAAAAUAGUGUGACCACAAACAAAAAUUAUAUUUACUUGCCCAACUUAAAAGUGAUCGAAAAUGAGAAAAUGUACGUUUUCUUUGGUAAUUUGGGUAAACGACCCCCUAAAGCAAGACAAUGUAAAGUUCAAAGAAGACUAACAUAAUUAAAAGUUGAAGUAAUAAGCAAUAAAACACACUAUCAUUUCAACAUGAUGAUGCAAGGAUGUCGCAUGUGAACAGACUGUAAAGCCCUCUGAUGCAAACUUGUAAUUUGCGAUUUUGGGCUAUACAAAAUAAAACUAAUUGAAAUUGAACAUUAGGGUGUUGUUCUGCUGCAGUAUUAUUGGGUGGAUGUCAUAAAUAAAAAAUGUAAGUUAGUUUGCGCAGUUUAAAGCUCAAUUCUUAAUAAUUUGAUUACACAAUAUUUGCAUUUAGCAUUCGUGCACCACGGUCGCAUUGUGGGCCACGUGGUCCCUUGUAGUCUUGUUUUCAAUAGUCAAAUUGGGAAGGAGGAGCAACCUCUCUUCGCUCAUGAAUUGCUAAAACGAAGACGGCGUUACGUUGUUAAGCAUUAACAUGUCCACAAUUAAUUAUUGGACAUUUACAUACGCACGGGGGUCCCGGGGUUGUGUGGUUUCCCAUCACUGUCGUGUAUUUCAGCAAUGUGGUCAUUUGCUGCCCUUCCUUAUACAUCACACCGAUUAAGAGUGUCACACAUACAGUUUACAGUGUAAGAAUGAGAAAAUACACAAUAUAGUGAUAAUCAGAAUGGACUAACAGCCCCUCACCACCACCUCCUCCAAAAAUAAAAAGCAAUUCAUAAGGUACUACAGCCUAAAAAGCAUUUGUUGUAAACUAUUGGCUGCAUUGUGUUUCCCAGGAGAACAAACCAAUUCUAGAUUCAGCUUUUGACAAAUACAGUUUUCUUUAACGAA